AACUCGGAAAAUGCUGUUGGUGUCUUUCUGUGUGUUUGUUAUUUCUGUAGUUUAUAUUUUUUCUACCAAAUCAGCAAAGCUGUACCAACACCCCGAGGAGUCCCCGAUCCCAACCACAGCCAAGCCAACCAUAUCACCCUCCGAAGUCGAUUGGGAAAUUGAGAAAAUCAUUGGGAGGCUGGACGAGCUGUUCCCUGACCGCCCUUUCACACACGUGAAUGCCACCACCAGCCCACAGCAAAGUGUGGCCACCCUCCUCCACCCUCGAGACACAUUCUGUGUUGGGGAGCAGCUCAAGAUCCGCGUGGAGGCCCGGGACUACCAGGGACGCCCCAAGGAGUAUGGCGGCGAUUUUCUGAGAGCCAGGAUUUCCACCCCGGACCAGAAGGCGGGUGCCUCGGGAAGGGUGGAAGACUUCCACAAAGGCACCUACCUGGUCUCCUUCACGCUGUUUUGGGAGGGCCGAGUCUCUGUGUCCCUGCUGCUCGUCCACCCCAGCGAAGGGACGUCCGCACUGUGGAGGGCCAGGAAGAAAGGCUAUGAUAAGGUCAUCUUCACAGGCAGUUUCCUCAAUGGAUCGUCGAACGUCAGCACCGAAUGUGGCUUCGCCUUCGACUCAGGGGCUGAGCGAUGUCAGUACCUGGAUCGGCGUGAGCAGCAGGCAUUCUACUGCGUGAAGCCACCACACGUGCCAUGUGGUGCCCUGACCCACUUGAAGUCCAAGAAUAAACCUUUGUCUUAUCUCAGUCCCCGGGAACGCAGCCUCUUGGUCUUGGCCAACAUGAAUCGUGCCAUUGAGAAAAAGUUUGGAGCCAUUGAGGUGUUGCAGUGUAAGACAAACCAAACUACGGCCACAUGGAAGAAAUGCAGGAUCGGGCAGCGCUCCCUGUUCCCCAGUGGAUUCGCCUGGCAAGACAGGUGGACUCCGGUUUUCUGCCACAUGUUGCAGUUCCAGACCCUGGACCGGAUCAAUGCCUGUUUGAAGGGGAAACUCAUCUACCUCCUCGGAGACUCCACACUCCGCCAGUGGAUGGAAUACUUGGUGAAACACGUCCCCACACUGAUGCCUGUGAGUCUCCAUGGGCUUGGGAAGCUCCAGCCUCUGCUCGCUGUGGACCUGGGAAGAAAUAUCCAAGUUCAUUGGCAAAGGCACGGCUACCCCUUGAUCGGGUCAGCUAUCUAUUCGGCCAAAGUCAACACAUAUCUGGACCAGGUCAUUGACGGGAUAGCAGGCGAGAGAAACACGGUUGUUGUGGUCACCCUCGGCCAGCACUUCCGACCCUUCCCCAUCGACAUAUUCAUCCGCAGGGCCAUCAACAUUCGCGAAGCCAUCCGGCGCCUGCUCCUCAGGAGCCCGGGCACCAAAAUCAUCCUCAAGACCGAAAACAUCAGGGAGAUGUUUGCAGAGCCAGAGAGAUUCGGCCACUUUCAUGGCUACAUGCAGUACCUCACCAUGAUGGACAUUUUCUGGGACAUCCGUGUGGGAGUCAUCGAUGCCUGGGACAUGACCAUGGCAUUUGGCACAAAUGAUGUUCACCCUCCUGAACACGUGGUUGGGAACGAGAUUAACAUGUUCCUAAACUACAUUUGCUAAUAUAUCAGCACAUUAAAGAUAGAAAAAAAAUCCCAGCUUGGGGUAGACCA